AUGAGGAACCCACAUCGCAAAGACAAACUUAGGACGAUAUUUAACCCCGGUGCGCUGGUCGUAUAUGUCGGACUAUUGGUACUUGUCUUGGAAACGCAAGUCCUUUCCAGUCCGACAUUAGUGAAAGGGAAGGAAGGAGAUGGAAAUAUCCGUCAAGUCAGUCUGAAUCCAGGGAUGAUCAAGCACCCUAGUCUUCAAUACAAUAUGAGACGAGAGAAAAUAUUUAUGGAUAUCAAAGACUUCAUUGCUGUGUCAGCAGACUUGCUAGAUCUACAGAGUGAAGAGGUAUCCAAGUUAGAAAAUUGGUUGAGGUUAGCGUUGGGCAAAAAUAGCCCUGAUGAAGCUUAUGAAAUCACAUCCUUGGUUGAUCAUGCAUUCAAUUUUAUGAAGGAAAAUUGCAAUGAGAAAUAUUUGCAUUUGAGUCAAGGGGCCUCUGAAUUUCAGGUCAAAAAAAUGUGUAUGAAGAAGUUUGGCCUUCUUACCCUUGAGGAAGGCAUUGAAGCCUACAAGCCUGCCUCAGAAGUCCAAAGAAAUUCCAUACAGCUAUUUGCAUUGGGUACAAGGGCAUUGGACAGGAAAACAUCUUCACUACAGGAAUAUUGGUAUUUUGAGCAUCUUGAAGAUAUGCUUGAACGUUGGAAAAGUGUCUCAUCUCCAGAAAACACAACAUUGAUAUCAUGGAAACGGUUCAGAACUCUGUUGCAAAAGUCUGAAGUUAGCAUUGAAAUCAAAUCAGAUCAAGAUUUGGCCAAGUACUUCAGAACAUUGGGAAUUUGGGAUAUUGGCAAUGAGAAGGAAAAAAUCUCAAUUCCCAAAUUAAUGCAUUACACAUUCCUCUAUUUUUAUGAAAAAGAUCAGCAAUUGUAA